CUCCCCUUUGAUAGGAUGCAUAAUGUUGACCUCAGUGAGCUGCUUACCUUGCCCAAUUCCCACACAUCACUUGUCUAUUACUGAUGGGAAAAAAGAGUUUACUUUGCUUACCAAACAAACCAGAAUAUGAAAAAGGUACUGUGCAGAGCACCAGGCUGCUGUUGGAACUUGAAUUUUAGUAAUUUAAAAUCAUCAUGUUGUUGGUUUUUUGCCGCAACUUUUAUCAUAACUUUUUAUGUAAUAAAGAUGAUUAGGAAUGAAGAAAAAGGUUUCAAAUUUCAAUUACAAAAAUCCCCUGCCUUCGAUUCUCCAAAUGAUUUUUCCUUAUCCACAGUUCCCCCCACACUACAACUUCUCUUUUCCCACACCCCCACAAGAAAAAUAAUGAUAAUAGAAGACGUGGGUGGGUUUUUAUCUUCAUUUUUAAAGAUUUCCUUGUCGUCUAGACUUUUAUUUGAUUAGUUUUAUUAGUGGAGAAGAGACUGGAGGAAAAAAAUAAUGAUAAGGCAUGAAACUGGUAAAAUCGGUGGUUGGUUUGAGAGGUUCAUGUUUACAUAUGACUUAGCACAUGUCUACUAGUUAAAAAACAAGAAAAAAAGACUGGAUUUUUACAGGGUCUUUGAUUUCUCUGUCUAUUUCUCUCUGUAUUCAGUUACAUAGUUGAAUAUACUUUUCAUGGAUUCAGAAAAGGAGUAAAUUUUCUGGUCUUAAAGAGUGAAUUAAACAAGAGGAAAAGGGUGUGAUGGGUUUCUGGAAUUUUGAUUCUAGAGGUUCUUGUUUAUGUCAAAAUUUUCAGUUUGGGGGGUUCUGUUAGUCAGAAUUGUUGUGGGGGGAGGAAGGUCAAAUCAGAUAUUCAGGAAAGAUUAAAAUGUUUUCAGGUUCAGUACUAGAGAGAUUUCUGCUGGUAUUUGCUCUAUUUGUUUGUUGUUCUGAAGGGAUAAAUGAGGAGGGAAAGUAUUUGUUGAAACUGAAAUCUCUUGUAGUUGAUGGGCAUAAUCAUCUCAAUAACUGGAACCCAAGUGACUCAACUCCAUGUCAAUGGAAUGGUGUGAAUUGCACUUACGAUUCCGUUGUUUCGUCUCUCAGUCUAGGGUCUAUGAAUCUCUCUGGUACGCUUUCUACUUCGGCAUCUGAUGGUAUUGUUAUUGGUGGAUUAGUUCAUCUUACUGAACUUGAUCUGUCUUACAACAAGUUUUCUGGGAAGAUACCUGGGGACAUUGGGAAUUGCUCAAUGUUGGAGGUUCUUAAUCUUAAUAAUAAUCAAUUUGAAGGUGUUAUUCCUGGCGAAUUGGGUAGGCUGUCACGGUUAACCAAAUUAAACAUGUGCAACAAUAGACUUUCAGGAUCUCUUCCAAGUGAGCUAGGUGAUCUGUCUUCUCUUGAAGAGUUGAUUCUGUUCACUAACAAACUCACUGGGUCAUUGCCUCCAUCACUGGGAAACCUCAAGAACUUGACAAUAUUCAGAGCAGGUCAAAACAUUAUAACUGGAAGCAUACCAGCUGAAUUAAGUUCAUGUCAGAACCUCAAAGUGUUGGGUCUUGCACAAAAUCAGUUGGUAGGGGAAAUUCCUAGUGAACUGGGAAAGCUCAAGAACUUGGUGGAGUUAAUUCUUUGGGAUAAUGAGUUAUCUGGGUCUAUUCCAAAAGAGCUUGGGAGUUGCACGAAUCUGGAGAUUAUAGCACUGUAUGCGAACAGCCUUGUGGGUGAUAUACCUGUGGAUCUCUCUAAUCUUCAGCAUCUAGGGAGGUUGUACCUUUACAGAAAUCAGUUGAACGGGACGAUACCAAAGGAGAUCGGAAAUCUUUCUCUUGCUUUAGAAAUUGAUUUUUCAGAAAAUUUGUUGACGGGAGAGAUACCGGCAGAGUUUGGUAAGAUUAAAGGUCUACGGUUACUCUACCUUUUCCAGAAUCAGCUUACUGGUGGUAUUCCUAAGGAACUAUGCAGCUUAAAGGAUUUAGCUAAGCUUGACCUCUCCAUAAACCACCUCACAGGUCCUAUUCCAGAUGGAUUUCAGUAUAUUACGGAACUGCUUCAGUUACAGCUCUUCAACAACUCUCUUAGUGGUACUAUUCCUCAAGGGCUAGGGGUUUAUAGCCAACUUUGGGUGGUUGAUUUCUCUGAAAAUUCUCUUACCGGGGAAAUACCUCGCCAUCUCUGCAGGCACUCUAAUCUGAUUUUGUUGAACCUCGGGUCAAACAGAUUAACUGGAAAUAUACCUGUUGGAUUAACAAAUUGUGAAUCGUUAGUUCAGCUUCAUCUGUCUGAAAAUGGCCUUACAGGUAGUUUUCCUUCUAAUUUAUGCCAACUUGUGAAUAUGUCCACAAUUGAACUAGACAGUAACAAAUUUAGAGGUCCUAUUCCUUCUGAGAUUGGGAACUGCAAAGCUUUGCUAAGGCUUCAUAUCUCAAACAAUUACUUUACGUCCACGCUGCCAAAGGAGAUAGGUAAUCUCUCCAAGUUGGUGACAUUUAAUAUCUCAUCUAAUAGGCUAGUGGGGCGAAUACCGCAAGAAAUGGCGAACUGCAGGAUGCUCCAAAGACUUGAUAUCAGCAUGAAUAGUUUUGUGGAUGCUUUGCCAGACAUUUUUGGACAGCUAGACCAGUUGGAGCUACUCAAGCUUUCAGAGAACAAGUUUUCAGGAAGUAUACCAUCUAGCUUGGGAAGUCUCUCUCGAUUGACGGAAUUACAGAUGGGUGGUAAUGAAUUUUCUGGUCCUAUACCUCCGCAGUUGGGUUCCCUUUCUAGCUUACAAAUUGCGAUGAAUCUCAGUUAUAAUAAUCUCUCUGGGGAAAUACCACUUGAACUUGGAAACCUUGUUUUGCUGGAAUACCUCUUGCUUAAUAAUAAUCAUUUGACAGGUGAAAUUCCACCCACAUUCGGAAACUUGUCAAGUUUGUUGGGUUUCAAUGUUUCAUACAAUGACCUGACAGGGCCUUUACCUUCCAUCCCAUUGUUUCAAAACAUGGCCACCAACUGUUUUAUUGGAAACCAAGGGCUUUGUGGCGGGCUUCUUAAUAAAGUGUGUGGUGAUUAUCAAUCUUCUGAGCCUAUCCCACCAACUUUGGGAGGAUCAGGUGUUCCUCUUGGUAAAAUUGUUGGAAUAGUUGCAGCCACUAUAAGUGGGAUUUCACUUAUUUUAAUUGCAGUGCUUCUGUAUUAUAUGAGGAAACGUCCUUCAGAGGUACUUACUUCAGUGCAAGAUAAAUGUUCUUCAGAUUCAGACGUGCAAUUCUCCCCCAGAAAAGGGUUCAGUUUUCAGGAUUUGGUUGAUGCUACAAACGGUUUUGAUGAAAGUUUUGUUAUUGGAAAGGGAGCUUGUGGAACCGUAUACAAAGCAGUUAUGCAGUCUGGACAAAUAAUUGCUGUUAAGAAACUAGCUUCUAACAGAGAGGGGAGCAAUGUCGAGAACAGUUUCCGAGCAGAGAUUUUAACUCUGGGAAAAGUUAGGCAUCGUAAUAUUGUGAAACUUUUCGGCUUUUGUUACCACCAGGGUGCAAAUCUACUUCUUUAUGAGUAUAUGCCUAGAGGCAGUUUGGGUGAAUUACUUCAUGGUGAUUCCUGCAACUUAGAUUGGCAGAAGCGGUUCCUAAUUGCUCUUGGGGCUGCUCAGGGUUUAUCCUAUUUACAUCACGAUUGCAAGCCUCGGAUUAUCCACCGGGAUAUAAAGUCCAACAAUAUUCUACUUAACGAUAGGUUUGAAGCUCAUGUUGGUGAUUUUGGAUUAGCGAAGGUGAUAGAUAUGCCACAUUCCAAAUCAAUGUCUGCAGUUGCCGGAUCUUACGGAUAUAUAGCCCCUGAGUACGCAUACACUAUGAAGGUAACAGAGAAAUGUGACAUAUACAGCUACGGGGUUGUUUUAUUGGAGUUACUGACUGGGAAAAUGCCUGUACAACCACUUGAUGAUGGAGGUGACCUUGUUACAUUUGUUAGAAAUUAUAUUCACAUCCAUUCUUUAAAUUCCAGUAUACUUGAUACACGACUAGGUUUAGAAGACAAUAUUAUUGACCAUAUGAUAAUUGUCCUAAAGAUUGCUUUACUUUGCACAAAUUCAUCUCCCUUUGAUCGGCCAUCAAUGCGAGAAGUUGUAUUGAUGUUGAUAGAGUCUGACAGAGAGGGAAUUAUUGUUGCUUCUCAAGCUCAAGACUUCCCUCAAAAAAAGGAUAGUGAUACUGGUGUAUCAUGAAUAUUUCUGUAUUUAGCUUCUCUUAUAAAUAUAAUUGAUUCUUUUUCACUUAUAAUAACGUUCUUUCACAUGUAAG